GUGGCAGCCUUGCAAGUUGCCUUGUUCUGCCGCUGGAAGAAGCUGCGCGCUGUGCUUUGCCGAGAGGAGCUUCGAUGGGAUGUGGAGAUUGCUCACAGUUGGUGCUCGAGUUGGGGCGAAUUUGCUGCACUGAGGAUGUUGCUAGGGACAGUGGAGUGGAGUGCGUACAAGUACGGAAUCCCGAAGCCUGCA